GAAAAAAAGAAUUAAACUAUAAAAGUUUAUUUUUUCUUUAUAUAUAAAUAAAAAUGGAAGAAGUUCCACAAAAAAUCAAUUUUUCAGAAGAAGAAUUAAAAACAUUAAAAUAUUGGGAUGAUAUCAAAGCAUUCGAAACAUCAGUUAAAUUAAGUGAAGGUAGACCAGAAUAUUCAUUUUAUGAUGGUCCACCAUUUGCCACUGGUUUACCACAUUACGGUCAUUUAUUAACAGGUACAAUCAAAGAUACAAUUACAAGAUAUGCACAUCAAACUGGUCACCAUGUUGAAAGACGUUUUGGUUGGGAUUGUCAUGGUUUACCAAUCGAAUUCGAAAUCGAUAAACUUUUAGGUGUUAAAACCAAAGAAGAUGUUUUAAAGAUGGGUAUCCCAGCUUAUAAUGCCCAUUGUCGUUCAAUUGUUAUGAAAUAUUCAACUGAAUGGGAAGUCGUUGUAAACCGUAUUGGUCGUUGGAUUGAUAUGAAGAACAAUUAUAAAACUAUGGAUCCCAAUUUUAUGGAAUCUGUUUGGUGGGUUUUCAAAGAACUCUUCAAGAAAGAUCUCGUUUAUCAAGGUUUCAAGGUUAUGCCAUACUCUAUUGGUUGUACUACUCCAUUAUCAAAUUUUGAAGCUUCAAGUAACUACAAAGAUGUUUCAGAUCCAGCUUGUGUUGUUUCUUUCCCAAUGGUUGAUGAUGAAAAAGUUUCAUUUUUAGCUUGGACCACUACUCCAUGGACUUUACCAUCCAAUUUAGCUCUUACAGUCAACCCAAAGAUGGAAUACGUCAAAAUCAAUGAUACCAAACGUAACGCUCAAUUCAUUUUAGGUAAAAAUCGUACUUCAAUUCUCUACAAGAGCGAUAAAGAAUUUACUGUUUUAGAAAGCUACACUGGUAAGGAUUUAAUUGGUAAGAAAUAUGUCCCAAUUUUCCCAUACUUUGCCUCAGACGCCGAAAAGGGUGGCUUUGUUGUUAUUGGUGCCGAUUUCGUUACAGAUGACAGUGGUACUGGUAUUGUUCAUACUGCUCCAGCUUUUGGUGAAGACGAUUUCCACGCUUGUUUAUCAAAUGGUAUCAUUAAAAGAGAUGAAUUCAGACGUCCAAUUUUAAAUUCAGUUGAUGCCAAUGGUUGUUUCACCUCCGAUAUCACUGAUUUUGUUGGUAUGAUGGUCAAAGAUGCAGAAACUACCAAACAACUUUCAAUCUACAUCAAAGGUAAAAACCGUAUGGUUAAUAGUGCAAACAUUGUUCACUCUUAUCCAUAUUGUUGGAGAUCCGAUACUCCAUUAAUUUAUAAAGCUGUUGGCAGUUGGUUUGUUCGUGUUGAAUCAAUCCGUGAUAAACUUUUAGCAAACAAUCAAAAGACAUAUUGGGUUCCAGAUUUUGUUAAAGAAAAGAGAUUUGCCAAUUGGUUAAGCAAUGCUACUGAUUGGGCUGUUUCAAGAAACCGUUAUUGGGGUACUCCAAUCCCAUUAUGGGUUAGUGAAGAUGGUCAAGAAGUUGUAGCAAUUGGUUCAAUUGAAGAACUUUUCGAACUUUCCGGUGUACGUGUAACUGAUCUCCAUCGUGAAUCAAUCGAUCACAUUACCAUUCCAUCAAAACAAGGUAAAGGUACUCUCCGUCGUAUUGAAGAUGUAUUUGAUUGUUGGUUUGAAUCUGGUUCUAUGCCAUAUGCUCAACAACAUUAUCCAUUCGAAAAUAAAGAUAAAUUCGAAAAGAUUUUCCCAGCCCACUUCAUUGCCGAAGGUCUUGAUCAAACUAGAGGUUGGUUCUAUACCCUCUUAGUUUUAUCAACUGCUCUCUUUGAUAAACCACCAUUCCAAAAUCUUAUUGUAAAUGGUUUAGUUUUAGCAAGUGAUGGUAAAAAGAUGUCCAAACGUUUAAAGAAUUAUCCAGAUCCAAUGGAAGUCGUUUCUAAAUAUGGUGCUGAUUCUCUUCGUCUUUACCUUAUCAAUUCACCAGUCGUCAAAGCUGAACCAUUAAAAUUCCAAGAGAAAGGUGUUCAAGAUAUGAUCAAGGAUGUUUUCUUACCAUGGUUUAAUGCUUACCGUUUCUUUGUUCAAAAUGCUCUUCGUUUCGAAAAAUCCCAAAACACUAAAUUCGUUCCAGAUAUUAAUGUUGCCCUUAAAUCAGAAAACGUUAUGGAUAAAUGGGUUUUAGCUAGUUGCCAAUCUUUAAUUAAAUUUGUUCGUGUUGAAAUGGCUGCCUAUCGUCUUUACACUGUCGUUCCAAAACUUGUUCGUUUCAUCGAAGAUUUAACCAACUGGUAUGUUCGUUUAAAUCGUAAGAGAUUCAAGGGUUCAAACGGUGAUGCUGAUUGUUUAUCCUCACUCAAUAUUCUCUAUGAAGUUUUAAUGACUGUUACCAUUGCCAUGGGUCCAUUCACUCCAUUCUUUACUGAAUUCAUCUACCAAAACCUCAAGAAAGUUCUUCCAAAGGAAAAACAAAUGGAUUCUGUUCAUUAUGUCCUCUUCCCAGAACCAAUUGAAGCUGCUUUCAAUACUAGAAUCGAAGAAGCUGUUUCACGUAUGCAAACUGUCAUUGAAUUAGGUCGUGCUGCUAGAGAUCGUAGAACCAAACCAAUCAAACAUCCACUUAAAGAUUUUAUGGUUAUCACCGAAAAUAAACAAUAUCUUGACGAUCUUGAAUCACUCAAAUCAUACAUCCUUGAAGAACUUAACAUUCAAAAUGUUGUUUUAACCAGUGAUGAAGGUUCAUUUGUCGUUGUUACUGCUGAAGCUGAUAACAAACGUUUAGGUGCUCGUUUAAAGACUGAUUUCAAGAAAGUAUCACCACAAAUCUCCAAAUUAACCAAUGAACAACUCCGUGCUUUCCAAAAGACUGGUGAAAUUACAAUUGAAGGUCACGUACUCACCACUGAAGAUUUAAAGAUCAUUCGUAAAUAUUCAGGUGAUACCACUAACAAUGAACCAUCAGGUAACGAUGAAAUUUUAACAGUUUUAGAACUCACCGUUGACAAAGAACUUUUCGAAAGAGGUUUAGCUCGUGAAGUUAUCAAUCGUGUUCAAAGACUUAGAAAGAAGAGUGGUCUCAACUUUGAUGAUAACAUCCAAAUGUUCUACUCUACCAAAGAUCAAGAAUUAAAACAAGCUGUCGAAAAUAAUCAAGCUUUUAUCAAAGAAAUCAUUUUAUUCCCAGUCCAAUUCUCCGAGACAGUCCCAUCAGGUUCAUUUGCUUCCGAAAAAGUUUCAAUUGUUAACGAUAACGAUGCUGAAAUUUAUUUAACUCAUUAAAUUAAUCACAAUCCCUCAGAAUUUAAAUAAUAUAAUAUAAUAAACACUUUUUUUUAAAAAAUAAUAUAAAUAUUUUAUUUUAUAAAAAAAAAAAAUUAAAAU